GAGAGAACGAGACAACUCAAAAAAGAGAUUCUCUCGCGCACUCUCUCUCUCUCUCUCUUCCAUCGCCAUCGCCAUCGCCAUCGCCAUCGCCAUCGCCGUGGCCAUUUCAAUCGACGGAUCUUGGCCUCUCCGAGAAAGCAGCGCGGCGGCAGAGGAGAGAGAGAGAGAGAGAGAGAGAGAGAGAGAGAGAGAGAGAGAGAGGACGGCCAUGGACGACGGAGGAGGAUCGUCCUCGUCGUCGCCGGAGUCGCCGAAGUCGCCGAAGUCGCCGGACUCUGCCCCCUUGACGAAGCCGAGAGAGAGGAAGCAGAAGAGUGGGUUAGGGUGGCUGGAGUGGGCGCGAGGGUGGAUGAGCGUGAUCGGGGAGAUGAUGUUCCAGAGGAUCACGGCCAGCCACCUCGAGAACCCUCUCCCUCUCCCUCCCGUCAACCACCUCACCUGCAUUGUCACCGGCUCCACCAGCGGCAUCGGCCUCCAAAUCGCCAGGCAGCUUGCAGAAGCUGGGGCUCACGUUGUGAUGGCCGUGAGGAAUCCAAAGGCAGCUAAUGAUUUGAUCCAGAAGUGGCAGAAUGAGUGGUCUGGAAUGGGUCUUCCUCUCAACAUCGAGGUGAUGGAACUUGAUCUUCUUUCAUUGGAUUCUGUUGUGAGAUUCUCUGAUGCCUGGAAUUCGAGAUUAGGGCCUCUGCACGUUCUUAUCAAUAACGCAGGCAUAUUUUCCAUGGAGGUUGAACCACAGAAGUUUUCAAAAGAUGGAUAUGAGCAGCAUAUGCAAGUUAAUCAUCUUGCUCCAGCUUUGCUAUCAGUAUUGCUUUUGCCGUCGCUCCUUCGAGGCUCUCCAAGCAGAAUUGUCAAUGUAAAUUCUGUGAUGCACUAUGUUGGCUUUGUUGAUCCCGAAGAUAUGAAUCUCGUUUCUGGGAGGAGGAAAUACACAAGUUUAUUAGGUUACUGUAGCAGCAAGUUGGCUCAGGUUAUGUUCAGCAGUGUCCUCCAUAAACGGCUGCCUGCUGAAUCUGGAAUCAGUGUAUUAUGUGUAUCACCUGGAGUAGUCCAAACCAACGUUGCGAGGGAUCUUUCUAGAAUUGUUCGAGCUGGUUAUCAUUUCCUCAAGAAGUCACGUCUCACUACUCAUGUAGGUUCUAGGAGUUCACUUUUUGCUGCGACAGAUCCUCAGGUUCCAGAGUACUGUGAGUUAUUGAAAGCUGAUGAUUGGCCUGUUUGUGCUUUCCUUUCCCAAGACUGCCGUCCAACAAACCCUUCUGAAGAAGCACACAAUGUUGAAACCUCUUACCGGGUAUGGGAAAAGACAUUAGAGAUGAUUGGCCUUCCUUCAGAUUCUGUGGAGAGGCUUAUAGAAGGGGAAGAUAUUAGAUGCCGAUACGGUGGUCAAUAGAGUGAUUAUCCUCUCUUUCUCUUUACAUAGAAGUGCUGGUUGACAUGAAAGCCUAUGCACAAAAUGCUUGUGAAUGGCAUCUUCAAAUGUAUUCUGAUAGAAUUUCAAGAUUUAUGAAGGAAGGAAAAUGCUGACUAAAUAGAGCACACUAGUGAAAAAUUCUCUCUGGACAGUAAUUGUUAGGACGAACUCUUCCUUUCACAUUUUGUAAGAUAGUUUAACAUCAGUGAGCCUUAUUAUUGGAAAUGCAGGUGCUUGUUAUAGGCUGUGAAGCCACAGCUAGUUUGACUACCACUGGUUUCCCACUGUA